AGGCAGCUGGCAAAAAUGGUAGAACUAGCCAAGCUGCUGAGUUUCCAGGCAGCAAAGAGAGCAAGAUGGGACGGGGUGUAUGGGGAGCACCAGAAGGCUCUAAAGCUGCUCUGUGAAGAGGAUCAAAUUCCCAUCUGUGUGGUGUGUGACAGAUCCCAGGCUCACACAGUGGUGCCCAUACAGGAAGCUGCCCAGGAGUACAAGGAAAAAUUGGAGGCCCAUUUGAAGACUCUGAGGGAAGAGGGAGAAAAUCUGCUAGGAAGGAAAAUGAUGAGAGCGGGGAGAAGCCAGGAGUGUCUGGUAGGUGACUGUGGCUAUGAACUGGCAGUGAGAGGGCUGUGUUAG